UGCCACAUCUGCCUUCUUAUCUGUGGUUCGUGUUCUUUCUUUUCCAAUGAACUGAUUGAAUCCUUGCUUGUUUUCUUUCCUCUUUCUGCAACAGUAACCAUUCCAUUCAUUAUUCCCAUCUCCGGUGCUCUCCUGAUCCUUACCUACUUCUUCAUUGGCCACCCUUCCUUUCUCUUUCGCUACCCCGGUUUCCACAUUCGUUUCCGAUAGACAUCUCCUAGUCCCCUGCGACCAUGGCCAUUCUGAAGGACCUGUAUCAGAGAUUCCUAGUGGGCCCCAGAGCUGCUGCUCUGGCCCCCGAUGUCUCCGUGAGCUACAUCACUACCACGACCAAGUUUGAUGGUGCCGACGCCGUGCUCUCUCACCUCACCAAGCAAGAUCACGUUGUCAAGCGCAAGUCGGAGCAGGUCAUUGCUGGCAUCGAAGGCGACAAUUCCGUAUGUGUGGAUGUUGAGACCAUCUUGGAGUUUGUCUCUGGUGGGGGUGCCUAUCUCCCCUCGCUGGAUGAUAAUUUCCUGGCCGACCGCGUCGCGACUUUCCCCACGCUCCAUGUCGUUCAUUUCAACUCUCAGAACCAAAUCCAGCAGAUCCGAAUCUAUUGGGACCAGGCAUCGUUGCUGAAACAAGUCGAGGUGAUCGGUGCCCGUGGUCGCGGCUGGCCCAUUCGGGAGGCAAAAGAACAAACGCGUUUUAUAAAAACAGCCGUAUCGCUGGCUGCUGCCCCUACGCGCCGCACGAACCAGAGUAACGACGACCCGGAGAACGGCGAAGAGUCCAAACGUGGCUCCCCCGGGAAGAAACAUAUCAAGGACCCUCACGCAGCCGGAUCCCUGUACGAGCUGCUGUCGCCCGAGAAGGACCGUGCCGAAGCCGUACGCGCUCCUCGUGCGCCUGCCUCCGCGAAGCCUCCGCCGCGCGAAUACAACGAACUUUUCGUGCACGCCGACGACCCGGAUGACGCGGAUGUCCCUGAUGCGACGCCUUCUAAGUCCAGGAACGUCGCUCCCAAAGCCGGCGCAAAUAAGAAAUUCGGAGCCUCGCGCAUCUUCGAUGACGAUGAGACCGUUGCGGCCGAAGGCUCCCACCCAAUGAUCGCUUAUCGCGCCAACCCCAAGCGGUUCGAUCAUUUCGAGAUCGGCGCAGACAACAGCCAGCGCGAGGUUCAGGAGAAGCCCUCGCGUCCAGGAUCCCGCCAUGUUCCGCACUGGGAUUUCGACGACUUUGCGACGCCUGAGAAGCCUAAGCGCCAGCCUCGUGGCGAAGAAAUCCGUCAUUUCGGCUGGAGCGACGAUGAGCCUGAGCCUACGCCCGUGUUUCAAAAACAUGUGCCCCAUCCUCGCCGCGACGCGAAAACCCACUUCAACUUGACCGGCGAAGGAGAAGACGAGGAGCAAAACAAACCCCGCUAUAUCAGAGCCUACGGAAACAAAGGCAUGUCCCUCUAUAAGAACCAUCUGUUUGACGAUGCAGAUGAGGAAAAAUCCAAUGAAAAUGCCCCACUUUCAUCAGUCCACAACGGUGCAAACCGUAGGGAAUUCGAGAGUCACUGGACCGCCGCGGAUGAAUCCCCCGUCGAUGGCAAGUCCAACGAAAACAAGAAACCUGUGGGUGCAGAUCGCCAGAAAGCACUCAAGAACAUGGAAUCCCAAUGGGAAGCCUACGACGAAUCCCCUCAGCCCAGCAAAUUCGUGCGUCCGCCCCCGCAGCGUCGUGCCGUGCGCCAGGUCAACGAGAGAAGCUGGGGACUGGAUGACGAAUAAAUUUCCGAUCCCAUCCCCUUGGCUGAUACCUAGAUUCCAGCUGGACGUAGAUUCCACACGAUGUUUUAACUCACCAUUUACCUUUAGACGAAGCUAGCCUCAUGACAUCUUCAACUAACCCAUAUGUGUACAGCGAUAUUGUGAGCGUGCAAUGGCCCAUACUGUAUGGAUUUUCUCUUCCUUGUUUGUCAAGCUGUGUAUUUUCUUUACGUCUCAUCUAUGGCUUGGCUUUCAUUUCGUUCCUUGUAUCUUUUCUCUACAUUUUUCUCGUUCGGCAGCUCUGAUAUCUGGACCAGUACUGAGUGCUGGAUUGUGUAUGAAUCCGUACAGAUCAAACGAUAAUGAAGUACGCUUUACAGUUUCACUUAUUUAAUGUGUAAUUGAUCUGAAGGGAAGGAA